ACCUCCUCCGGCUGCCCGCCAACGGGCGGGAAAGGCGGGAGAACCAGCCGAAGGCGACGAUGGCGCUGCUCUUCUCCGCCCUCCGCGUGUUGCUGGGCCUUUUCUUCGCCGUCAGCGGGGUCGUCAAGCUCACCGACCAGAUCGCAGGCGACGCCCACCGGCAGCUGAAAACCAAGUUUGUGCAAUUUGCAGACGUCUUCCCUUUGAAGGAGUUUGGGUAUAAGCCGGAACCAGGAUUGUACAUGGAAAUAGUGGGCUGGAUGGAACUGAUAGGAGGCUGCCUUUUAGCCUUCGGACCUCAACUGCUGCAGGAAAUCAGCAAUUUUGUGCUCACCGUGAUCAUGAUAGGUGCCAUCUACACCCUCCUGGUUUUGAAAGAGCCUUUUGCCAUGUGCGUACCAGCUACUGUCUCCUUGGGCCUUUUGCUCCUCCUCAACAUCCGUGGAAGAGGGAAGUGUGUGAAGUCAAAGUCCGAAUGAGGCAAGGAGGAGAUCUGAAGAGAUGGGAAGGAUCCCAAAAUGACGUUUUUGGAAGAACAGACAACUUGUGUUUCCCAUCCUGCUCCCCCCGACUAAUCAGAUCAUGUGGACUUUACAGUGUGUCAUCCAGAAAGGGGGUUAGAUUUUAACAGCCAUGGCCUAUUUGGGGUCCUGACUUAACUGCCCAUUUUGCCAGUUUUCUAUCCCUCUUUAGACCUGUUUGGAGAUCUUGUCUUCUCUGCAAAACCAGUUGCUCUCUCUUUGGUCAGUGGAUCCUUCUUGUGUCCAGGCAAGGAGAUAACAUGGAUCAGAAGAAAAUACUACGUUACAAAGGGCCCGGAAUGAGGGUUGUGUGGGAUUGUGGUUGGGCACCAAAGAAUAACGUUGAGGGUAAAAGAGACCUCAGAAUUCUGCAGAAUGAUAUAAUCAAAGGGCUCAGAUAGAUCUUGCAUCAGUUGCAUAUUGUACUGCUUCAUUUCUGGAUUUUAUUAACUUUGCUAUCAACCCAUCUUGGCCUGAUCUAAAUUGGGACUUAUGUUUGUUGGUUGAGGAAGUCUAGGUAAUCACUAUUCCUCAUCCCUUUCCCAAAAAUUAAAUUUAAUUCUAUUUACCCACUUAAAAAAAAAACAUUUGCAUGAAUCAAAGGUACUUUUUAUCAUCCCAAUGCUGUUACUUGAUCGUGAGUUUGGUGAAAUAAAAGUAAAGAGGAUUAAUAGAUUUCUUCUAAUAAGCAUGGUGUGAUCUUGAGCCAUUGCCAUUUAUAAGAAAUAAUCUGGGAUUGAAAUGAGAUAGGUAACAAAAAUCACUGGAUUCUACGCAAUACGCCUUUAUGAUAAUUUGUAAAAAUCAAUAGAUUCAAAUUUUGUGUCCAUAUUUGGGAGAUUGAAGGUUGAUUGGGGGCAUUUGACUU